CACACGUGGGCAGCGGUUGCACUUUGCACCGUAAGGAUAGAGAUGGGUAGAGUAAGCAAACACAGGAGAAUAAAGUCCCACGACCCUUUUUACCGGGGGCCAAGAAGAGAUAAAAGAGGUAUGGUUGACCUCUGCCCUGUGAAUGACGAUCAACCAGUGCCAAAGAGUCUUGUCCGUCUUAUGAAGAGAGCCGAGAGCAUCAAAACCCUCAACAAUAAGGAGAAGAGCAGAGAAGAGAUGCAAGAAAGUAGAGGUUCUGGAGGAGAGAGUGCAGCGACAAGACAGAAACCCGUGGCCGUGGGGAAGAGGAAAGAGGGGAGGGGGAGGGACGCUAGAGAGGAGCCCAUGUUCUCAAAGAGGAAGGGAGAGAGCCUCAAGAGCUAUCUGGAGAGGGUGGAUGUGGAGGCCAAUGCCAGGAUCAUGGAGACUUUCAGAAAGAACAGGAAACCCAGCGAGAGGAGAAAGAAAAGGCUAGAGGAGAGACGGAAGAGAGCAGUGGCCAGGAGACAGGGUCUGAGUCAUGACAGAAACAGAGAUAUGGAGGAGAAAAGAGGACUGCUUCAACUCUUAGUCCACAAUGCAUUGAUUUUGAAGAUGAGGUGAGGUUUGGGGAAGUGGUGCAGGCUCCACCUGAGCUGAAGGCCAAGCCCAGAGGCUCCCAGCGGAGCUCUGCCUUCCCCUCACAACCACUGCUACUGGAACAGAAGAUGUCUGCGUCGCAAAGACAGUCGCAGAGGACAAGAUCAGCUCCAAGCCAACAAAUCAUGGGACUAAAAAGAAAACAUGACUUGAAACUAGAGAGGGAGCAUGUCAUUAGUGUCUAUAGGAAAGCAAAAGCAGCUGCACUAGUAAAGCGAAUUUAGAAUGUUGACAAAUGUUUUAUAAAAACUUUCACUUUCCCUAAAGGAACCUUAGAUUCCCUAGUGUUCCGAAGAAAACAGUCCCUAAAGGCUGGAGUGUUGGUCAGUUUUCUUUGACUAUAGCACAGUGUUGCAGUUGAGAGAGUGGGCAGCACUGUGCUAGGUCACUUAUAUACUCAGUGGUUGAUAGAGUAGGGAGGAAUGGCAGCACUGGCCAAGCAGGAGAUAACCGAUGGUGUGUCUAGCUCCAGUAGGACAAGAUCUGCUUCUUCCAGUAAGAGUUUCAACAGCUGGGGCAGUAGAUCGAGGAAACCUCGAGACUCCCUGGAGAAGAUAAGGGAGAGGGCCAGACCUUCCCAAUUGACAGUGACCAGAGACCUACUGGCAGUUCCGGAGCUCUCAGUGCAACUGGUAGGCAAGGGACAGGGGCUAGUGAUCGAGGAGGAAGGAGAAGAAGAGAUGCAAAACCUACCACUCGAUUUGCCCCACCACACCAUCAGCCGUAAUGCAGUCAGCGAGAGAUACCCAAGGGGAAAAGCUUCCGCUCUUGUGUUUGUACUGAACGUGAUAGUCAGCUAUGCCUUUGGUGCAGCCAUCACUGGGAUAGUGAACAUAUUCACCAUUGAGAAGGACGUCCCUUUGAAUGCUACAGAAGUCCACGUACUGACAUUUAUGCGCCUUCUAUUUCAGUACUGCAUCAGUCGCAUGUUCUACCCCGUUGCUGGCUUCAUUGCUGACGUGUACAUCGGGCGAUGCAAAAUGGUGAAGAUAUCGCUAGUCCUACUGGCAGUUGGAUACACAAUGCUGGUAGUAGCGUUCAUACUAGGAGGGCAGAAGAGGGUAUUUGAACAAUCUGAGGCCAAGGCUGCCAUUUGUGUGGACCUCGUCCGAAUGGUAGCAUUUCUCAUCAUCAGUGCAGGUGGAGGAGCUUUUGAGGCCACUAUCAUUCCGUUUGGUGUUGACCAACUCCAGGGAGCUUCGUCUGCUGAAAUCAGCUCCUACUUUUACUUUUUCUACUUCAGUCGAAACCUUGGAAUGGUAUUGGGUGUUGCCAUCUAUAGCAUAGUGCUGUACGCCAGUUUAAAGAUGAACAGUAUCGAGUUUGAAAACUACCUCCAGUUUAUCAGCGAUAACCCGCACAUCAACGAGCUAUAUGGUGUAUUUCAGCCGCUUGUUACACUCAUCAUAUUAACAGUUGGGAUUAUUCUGAUCAUCUGUUUCCACCACUGGUUCUUCAAGAACACUCUGUGGGAGAACCCAGUCAAACUCAUUGCCAAGAUCCUCUGCUACACUGCCACAGUCAAACGCCACCUCCCAGUCCGCAACAGAGCCUUCAGGUACGGAGAAGAGAGGAAGAAUAGAAUCGAACUGGCAAAGAUCACGUAUGAUGGAAAGUUUCCCGACGAGAAAGUGGAAGACGUGAAGGCUUUCUGCCGGAUCUUUCUUAUUCUACUGUCACUCAUCCCUACAAUGUUCUGCAUAAACGCAUUCAACACUGUUCUAUCCUACGAGACAAACAAGACAUUAACAGCGCUGCACCCUCAAGAAUUUCUUCAGAUUGACCUCUACCCAAGCAUCUACUUUGGAGUCAACUCCAUACUCACCCUCCUGCUCCUCCCACUAGUCAAUUUCCUGGUCAUUCCGAGUUUUCCAAAGAUGACCAUCAGAACAAGGAUAGGAAUUGGACUGUUUCUGUAUUCCGUUGGGAGUGCGGUAGUUGUUACAAUUCACGCAGUUCCCCUUGUGAGCGACAAACAUAGCACCGUCUCAAACAUUCAACUAAUCUGUCUCCUUAUCCCCAUGGUCAUCUUUGCCUUGGCAGAGGUCCUCACCGUUGUAUCAGCUUUAGAGUUCAUUUAUGCUCAGUCGCCAGAGAGUAUGAAAGGACUUCUCACUGGGCUCUUCUUCUUCCUUUUCGGAAUCAUCUCCAUACCGUCGUCCGUUGUGUUCUACGCCUAUUCUGGCAGCACAGAGGACCAAAAACUAGUCCGCUUACAUGGAGCAUUCGCUAUCAUACAGGUUGUGGGACUGGUGUUGUAUGGAGCGGUGGCAGUGUUGCACAAGAACAGACUUCGUCCAGAUGGAGAGAGCUCCAGCAGACACCAGCAGAGACUUAUGAUUGAGGACCAACUCCACAUCAGCAUGAUAGGCAAUAGAUAGCUGCAUAGGAGACUCUUGUGCAUUGUCCAUCUGUAUACUUUAAGGUCGUGUGGGAAGCACUCGGUUAAGUACUUUUACAUGACUUUGAAAUGCGUGCUCAGAGUAUCACUUUCAGUUUGCAAAUGG